AUGCCAGUCGACAUCCUGUAUGCCAUCUCUGACAGACUUGGCGAGGUCCCGGACCGCUGGGCUCUGCAGUUUAGCUGCAAGGCAAUCCACAACAAACUCAAGCACAAGCCGGACCAUGCCAUUGUGAAUGGCUGGCGCAAGGCUGAUCACCGGCUGUGGCUGCACCGCCUGAUCCGAGACCUGCCAGAUGAGGAUGUCUGCGACAGCUGCUCGAUCAUCCACUCACCGGCCAAAGCGUGGUCGAACAACAGAGACAACAGGACCAGGCCCUGUCAGAGGGACCUCAUCAUCCUGGGCUCUCACAGCAGCCGGGGGCCAGGUAUUCCGCUCCUGGUUGUUAAGGCCAUGCUCAGGAGGCACCAAGAGGGGAGGCCCUGGGCCUGGCUGAUGCCUGGAGUCCUGCAGACACGGGCGCUGUACGGGGUGAGCAGGAGCGCCACCUCGAGGCGGCUGAUGAGAAAGCACGGCCGGAACUUCUACCUCAUCUACGUCAGUGCGCGGGGCGAGGUUGUGCUCGAGACGACGACGGUCCUACUGCAUCCGAUGGGCAAGGAUGCCAUCGAGGUGGACCGAGAUGCGGUAUGCCGGCACGUGGACAUGGUGACGAGCGAGAGGCCGCCGGCGGGGGAGCUGCAGCGGUGCGUGCUGUGCCUGGUCGAGUACCAGGUCGACCAGUGCAAGCUGGACUCGGUGGAAGGCCUCGAGGCCUGGAGGAGCUGGAGGCAGGUGACAUGGAAUGGGGCGGUGCUGCUGAGACCAGACACUGUCCCGCCGUGCUUCGCUGAGCAGUUGUCUCUGGGCGACAUCUCGUGCGUGCCUCGUGCUCGAGACGGCCCUCUGGACCUGGCGCAGCACCCGGACUGGCUGGAGGAGCUGAGGGCCGACUGGCGGGAGGUUCUACAGGACCAUCAGAGGGCCUCAGACCUGUAG